GUUGCUGCUGAUGAAUGGAUAAGUUGUUGACCAAUCAGGAGCAUGUGACCAGUAAAUAUGUAGGCUGAUAGACAUCAGCUGGCUGCACUCUGGCUUUCCCUCAAACACACACACUCUGGCUUUCCCUCAAACACACUCACACACACACAUGCACACAAAAUUUUAUACACACUCAGCUAGUAACAAAGACGACUCGAGGAAACACACAUAAAUACGCUCACAUCAGCCUGCUUUAUAUUCAUCAUCACCACCGUCGUCAGUCGUGUUUGUAUGUCAUCCGUCCAUCAUGCACAGCAAAGAGCAAAUCAGUUACGAUGAAUACCAGAAGACAGCUGAUUGGUUGAUGUCACAUACAAAGCACCGCCCCCAGGUGGCCAUCAUCUGUGGAUCCGGACUGGGCAUGCUUGCUGACACCCUCAAGUGUCAGGAUUCCUUUUCUUAUUCUGACAUACCGGGCUUCCCACAGAGCACAGUGCAGGGUCAUGCAGGUCGGUUGGUUUUUGGGGAGCUCAAGGGGAAGACGUGCGUGUGCAUGCAGGGUCGCUUCCACAUGUAUGAAGGACACUCACUGUGCAAGACAACGUUUCCAGUCCGAGUCUUCAAGCUCUUAGGGGUGGAGACUCUGAUCGUGACCAAUGCUGCCGGGUCACUGGCCGAUGGCCUCCAGCCUGGUGACAUUAUGAUCAUCAAAGACCAUGUCAACUUCCCUGGAUUGGUCGGCCUGAACCCCCUGAGCGGACCCAAUGACGACAAGUUCGGGCCUCGUUUCCCAGCCAUGUCAGGUUGCUAUGACAAAGGACUGCGUUGCUUAGCCAUGGAGAUUGCCAAGCAGCUGGGCGUGGCUGGCCUCAUGCAGGAGGGCGUGUAUGCCAUGGUGGGUGGACCCAACUUUGAAAGCAUUGCUGAGGCCAGACUGUUGCAUCGACUCGGGGUGGACGCUGUUGGUAUGAGUACCGCUCCUGAGGUCGUCGUGGCAACUCACUGUGGUCUGAGAGUCUUUGGUCUCUCUCUGAUCACCAACAAGGUGGUGAAGAGCUACGACGACUUAGACAGUGUGAACCACGAAGGUGUCUUGGAGGUUGGCCGGCUGCGCUCUCACACUGUGCAGCAGCUGGUGACCGAGCUGAUCAGCAGGAUGGAAAUUAAUAACAACAACAACACCAAUAAUGCUGUCUGAACCCACACAUACGCACACUGUGUACAUAUUUGAUUGUUGUAUUUACAACAUUUGUUUAGAGCUUUUUCCUAUUAUCUAUCAUCAUCCUUCAUGUUAUUUUUUACUUUUGCUGUAAUAAAAACUUAAUUUAUAUCAACAAUGGGCCUAAUAUUUCUCUGCCAGGGUAAAGUGAAUGUAAGUAUUCAUUUAUGAUAUUUUGUUAAUUCUACAAUAUUAAUAUAUUAAUAUAAAGAUGAUCACUGUGUUUGAUUGUGCUUUAAUAUAUGAGACAAAUGAGACUGAGAUUUUUCUGUUAUCCACUGUUACUGUUGAAUUAUAGGAUUUUAUUUUGUAAAAAAAAAAUCACUGGCUUCCUGAACCCCGUUAAUCUGAUUAAAACCUUCUGACAAA